AUGGAAGGGCUCUACUUUAACAGCAGCUCACAGAACCAAAGCUACGAUUAUAGCAACACCACCUCCAACUACUUUGAGCCCAACGUGAUAUAUGUGGUGAUAUACAUAAUUGUUGCUGUCGGCCUUCCUCUGACCCUGGUGGCCAUCUAUGCUCUUUAUUCUAUGGUGAGAAGAGAUCAAGUUGCUCCCAUCUACGUCAUCAACCUUCUCAUUACUGACAUCCUUCAGUUCUGCUAUAUGAUCGUUGAGGUGGUACCAAAUGUUUAUGGAACGAUAUCUAUCUACGAGAUCUUCUAUUGCAUUUACCUCUCUGCUCUGUUGGCCAGUGUUUACUUCAUGGUCUGCAUCUCCCUGGAAAGGUAUUUGGUCAUCGCCCACCCGCUGUGGUACCGCUUCAGACGAACCAUCAAGACCUCUGUGGUGGUCUGUGUCCUGGUCUGGGUCCUUACUCCUCUCUUUUUGUUCAUUUCUUGGUUUUAUGGUGAGCAUCCAGACUCACUCGCCGUCGUCCUCCUCCUUCCCUUCCCACUGUUAAUAUUCUCCCUGGUUGGGACCCUCAAAGCCCUGUCUGCUUCCAUCUCGGUCCCCUCUGAUGAAAAACGACGAAUUGUGGGAAUUUUGGUUCUGGUGCUGCUUAUUUACAGUCUGCUGUUCCUGCCUUACAUCAUUUUGAUCCUAAAAGUAAAGUAUCACCCGCCCCUUAACCGUCUGUCUCUCAUCUUCAUCAGGUUCAGUCCUCUUGCAGACUUGUUCCUGUAUGUGUUCAUGAGGAAAGGGUUCAUAGACAAGCUUUUGGCCUCUGUGUGUUGCUGCAGAAUGGACAGCAAUGAUAUCAGCAGGCCAUCAGUAUGA